AGAGGCCUUCUUUUUCCUCGCGAGGCAACCUAUGAACAGGACCUCAUCGCACCGCCGUCUGCAACGUCUUCAAGGCCAACAUUUCAGUCUUUUCUCCUCUAUUUCUUCAACACAUCCAGCCGGUACGAAAUUUCGGAGCUAUUUCGCCGAUAUCUUGGAACAUCGCCGAUAUUUUGUCAACGGAAGCUGCAGAGGCGGCGGGUUCGCGCAUUUUGGCAAUCAAAUUAGCGAACCAUGUAACUCUGCCCCGAACCAGGUAGCUCUGGUUCGUCCCCUUAAAAUCCACAAAACAGUACAGCUCUUAGGCAAGUUCCCAAUGUCCGCUGACCUGCGUCGCAUGCACCCUUCUCUCAAGGUACACUAUCAUACUUUCAGCUCCACUCGAACCUUAAUUACAAGCUCCCGAAGCUUUGAUUAUUUUGCUCAGUUUUUGCCAUUUGCUAAUGACCCAAGCUCCAAAUCCUUGAGCUCUAUAAACUCUAAUGAACGACGUAAAGUCACUGUUGGGUUAUCAAGACUAAUAAAGAAGCAACAAGGCUAUGCUUUGAAGGAGUUUUCUAGACGGUUUUGCCCAUUAUUGCUCGCACAGGUUAUGAAACUAUUAGGCUCUAGAGAAACUGCAUUUGGGUUCUUUAAAUUAGCCUUUAGGGAUGAUAGUGAACAAAUUGUGAGGUCUUGUUGUAUUGUUGCACAUUUGUUGGCAAGGGAGAAUCUACGUUUUCUAGCUCAAGAUGUCGUUUCGUGUGUAAUUGCGAAAAUUGAGCCGAGUAGGAGUAGAGAUUUGGUGGGGUUUAUGUGGGCAGGUCAUUGUGAAUAUGAGUCAGAUUUCUCAGUUCUUGAUACGCUUAUGAGGGGUUUCUUGAAUGUGGAAAUGGGUUUGGAGGCGUUGGAGAUUGUGAGUAGGAUGAGGGAGGUGGGGUUGAGGCCGAGUUUUUCAGCAAUUAUGAAUCUUUUCAGGCUUUUGAUUAGGAUUGGUGAUUAUGGUAGUGUCUGGAAGGUGUUAAGGGAUAUGAUUCGGAAAGGGCCUCGCCCCAGUAAUUAUACUUUUACUGUAAUGAUUCUUGGGUUUUGUAGAAAAGGGUUGCUUAGAGUCGGAGAGAGUUUAUUACAUGUGAUGUGGAAAUUCCAGUGUGAUCCGAAUGUUAUUACAUAUAACACUGUGAUCAAUGCAAAUUGUGUGAGGGGACAGACACUAGAAGCACUUCACUGGGUGCAUUUGAUGACUUCAAGGGCCUGUAAACCAAGCAUUGUUACAUUUAGUAUCAUCUUAAAUGCCUUAUGUAAGGAAGGAAAUCUGGUGGAAGCUAGGAAGUUUUUUGAUGGGAUCCCAGAUAUGGGUGAUCCUCCUAGUACCAGAAUAUACAAUACCAUGAUGGACGGGUAUGUUAAGGCAAGGGACAUGGGUCAAGCAAACAUGAUAUAUGAAGAAAUGAGGAACAAGGGCAUAUCUCCUGAUGGCAUAACUUUUAAUAUCUUGAUUGCUGGGUAUUACAAGUACGGAAGGGAAGAGGAUGCAGACAGGUUGUUAAAGGAUUUAUCUGUAUCAGGGCUGAUUCCAGAUUCUUCAUUGUAUGAUAUCUUGGUUUGUGGGUUAUGUUGGGCAGGUCGGUUGGACGAUGCCAUGGAAUUUUUAGAGGAUAUGCUAGAAAAAGGUUUACCGCUAACUGCUGUUGCUUUCAACUCAGUUAUUGCAACUUGCAGCAGAGUAGGGUUAGAACACAAGGCCUAUAAAGCCUAUAAGUUUAUGAUUGCAUUUGGUAUAACUCCUUCAUCUUCUACAUGUAGCUCUUUGCUUAUGGGUUUAUCCAAGAAGGGGAAACUGCAAGAAGCCAGAGAGCUUUUGUGCAAGAUAAUAGAGAAGGGGUUUCCGAUAAAAAAAGCUUCUUUCACAGUGAUUUUGGAUGGGUACUUUAGAAUUGGUGAUUUAGAUGGGGCUCAAAGUUUGUGGAAUGAGAUGAAAGGAAGAGGGAUAUGUCCUGAUGUUGUUGCCUUUUCAGCAUUUAUCAAUGGACUAUCUAAAGCUGGUCUAGUGGAAGAAGCAUAUGACAUAUUUCUGGACAUGUCAAGGAAAGGGUUCGUGCCUAACAAUUUUGCCUAUAAUUCCUUGAUUGGUGGGUUUUGCAACUGUGGGAAGUUGAGUGAUGCAUUGAAGUUGGAGAGUGAGAUGAGGAAAAAGGGUCUUCUUCCAGAUAUCUAUACAACCAAUAUGAUCAUUAAUGGGUUCUGUAAACAGGGGAGAAUGAAGUCAGCUGUUGAUACAUUUAUGGACAUGUACCGAUCUGGGUUAACACCAGAUAUUGUCACGUACAAUACCUUAAUUGGCGGUUAUUGUAAAGCAUUUGACUUGGCUGGAGCAGAUGAGUUUUUGUGUAAGAUGCAUGCCAGUGGGUGGAAACCAGAUAUCACAACCUAUAAUAUACGUAUGCAAGGUUUUUGUAGUGUCCGCAAAAUAAAUCGAGCUGUAAUGAUGCUGGAUGAGCUUGUUUCAAGAGGUGUUGUUCCAGACACAGUUACAUACAACACUUUGAUGAAUGGUGCUUGUGUUGACAUACUGGAUCGUGCUAUGAUUUUAAUGGCUAAACUGCUUAAGUUGGCCUUUCUUCCAAAUAUUGUUACAACUAAUGUAUUGUUGUCUCAGUUCUGCAAACAGGGGAUGCCUGAGAAGGCUCUAAUGUGGGGUCGGAAGUUGAGUGAUAUUCCAAUUUGGUUUGAUGACAUUACCUACAAACUAUUGGAAAGAGCCUAUCAUAAUAUGCAAGAAGGUUCUAAAAUUUCCAGUGGGACACCUGAAAAAGGCCUCUUCCUGGAUUUCCUCAUGUACAUUACAUAUGAUUACUUAUGUAGAAAUAAACCUCGCAGAUAGACAUCAUAAUUUUAUCGGUCCUUAAAUACACAUAUACGGACAUCAUAUUUUCUGUCCCACCCUUUCCAUUGUGAUUUCCUGACUCUCUCCCACUCUGAGAAGUGAAAAACCCUUCCUUCUCUCUCUCGCUCGUCCUCUAAGCAUCGGUAGAUGAGAAGUAAAGACCUAGACAAAAAGAGUACGGUGGAUAGGAUGCUAAUAAAGGGAAUUUGGGGCUUCGUUCCGGAGACCAAGCACAUCAUCACCUUCUUCAAUCCCUUAACCCCAAUCGUCAGCCCCAACAGCACCGGAAAAACCACCAUUCUCAAGUACUUGAAGCUCUCUUGCUCCAACAAGUUGCCUCCCAAUGCUAGGUCUGGCCACAACUUCUUCCAUGACCCAAAGGUUGUAGUUGAAACCAAGCCCAAUGCCCAAAUUAAGCUUCGAUUCAGAACCUCAGCGGGUAAAGAUGUGGUAUGCAUUAGGUCAUUUCAGCUCAUGCAGAAAGCCUUGAAAAUGGAGAUCAAAGCCUUCGACAUCCUCCCUCAAACCAUCAUACCAUUGAACCGGAGAGAAAUAUUUCUUUAGCUAUAGAUGUGCUGAUAGGGAUAAGGAAAUCCCUGCAUUACUGGGUGUGUCAAAGGCCAUUUGGAGAAUGUUAUGUUUGCGCACCAAGAUGAAGCCAAUUGACCUUUGCAAGAUCCAUCCACAUUGAAGGAAAAGGUUCGGGAGAGCAUCUCUCAAGAUCAAGAAAAAACAUAAUUGCUGGAGAAGUCAGAUGCAGGAGUUGGACGGAAGCAUGCAAGACGUGGAUGCUAAAAUGCAUUAUAGUGAAGUGAACCAUCAACGAAAGAUUUGUGGAAACCAGAUAUCGAUGAAGACUGCUGUAAGAAGCACUUCCUUUAGGGCAGCAGCAGCAGCAAAAGUAUGCAGCUAAUGCAGAGGAGAAUGAAGGUCAAUUGCUGCUUAGCAGUAGUGGAAUGCUUAUGUUACACUGGUUGAUUUACACUUGUGUUCGCUUUUACUGGUGCUCCAAUUUAAUAAUUUAUCAGUGUGGAGGACUUUGGUGAUGCUGCCUUUAGGGGGUUUUGACCGCUUUCUUGUUUGCUCUUUUGGAUUGGUUAGACACUAAUGAAGAAUUGAAGGAAUGGAAAACCAAAUUUGAAGAAAGGAUCGCACUUUUGGAAACUAAAAUUAGCAAGUUGGCGAGAGAAAUGGACGACACAGAGACCAAAAGUAGAUUAAGAUCCUAGCUAUGUGUUUGGACAAGGGAAAUAGA